GGAGGCUAUGGAUUUAUAGUAAGUGCUGCCUUGCCUUUUUGUGGGAUACUGCCGAACUUUUCAUCCGAUUUAUUAGGGUUCUCACGUAGCGAAGGCCCUCUUCGAGCGUGGUCAUUUCGUACGCAUCGCUAGCGAUACCUCUUCAUCUCCCUUCGCAGAAAAAAUCAGCACCGAGGUCCUUGUCGGGAACGUGUGUGACCCAUCCUUUUGCGAGCGUGCCGUGAGAGGAAUCGACACUGUCCUUCACUUCGCGGCCAACAUGGGUGGCAUGGGGGUCAUCCACGAAGAGAAUGAAUUGAUGAUAUAUCGGGAUAAUCUGACCAUGACGCAUAACAUGCUCUCUGCGUCUCGUCUCGCAGGUGUACGCUCCUUCUUCUAUGCGUCCUCAGCUUGCGUGUACCCUGUAUCCCUACAAGGGGAUUCCCAAGCUGACGUUUUCCUGAAGGAAAGCGACACUUGGAAGGACUGCGCACCACCCAACCCCCAGGGUCUCUACGGUUUGGAGAAACUCUCCUCGGAGCUACUGCUGUUGCACGGCGGGGGAGACAUGGAUAUUCGCAUUGCCCGUUUCCACAAUGUGUAUGGACCUCGUGGCGCGUGGAUGGACGGCCGCGAGAAAGUUCCCGCUGCAUUGAUCCGAAAGGCACUCGCAGCAGCAGCGCUGCAGGAGGCCACUCUGACACUGGAAAUUUGGGGGGACGGAAAACAGCGCCGCAGUUUCCUUUACAUCGACGACUGUGUCGAUGCAGUCCUGCUACUUCUUAAUUCCUCGUGCAGGGACCCCCUCAACAUCGGUUCAGACCGCUCCGUAACGAUCGAUUAUCUGGCAGAAGUUGCGUGCUCAUGCGCAGGACUGCAAACGAAAGAUGUCCGGUUUAAUCACGUUGAAGCUUCUGGGCUGGUCGGUGUGUCGGCACGGAACUCAGACAACACGUCCAUCCAGGGAACACUGGGGUGGUCUCCCAAGGUAUCGUUGGAGGAUGGGAUUAAAAGGACCACCGAAUGGAUCAAGGAUGAAAUGCAGAAGAUGUUUGUAGCUAUCACUGAUGAGGAACGCGCACUUGCGCUGCGGAACCUUAAACGCAGUCGAGUACUCGCUUUAUCAAGCGGAUACAUCACAUUUGCAGUCCUCCUUCCAAUCACUUCCCGUGGUUCGGAACCUCCGACUCGGUGCCUGUCCACGUUGAGUACAUUUGCCGAAUCACUUCAGAACACUACGUGGCGGGACACACAUCAAAUAGGUGGUCUCCGCUUCAAGGUCAAGGUCUAUCUUGCCAUCGAUGAGGACGAUCCAGUUCUCAGGAAAUGUGACGACACCGGGGUCAACGUUGCUGAAGCCGUCCUUCUGUCGAAGAACAUCACUUCCGUUGCUAUCGAGAUAUGCAACCAGCCGCCUGGCCACGUAUGUGCUAUCUGGCGCCAAUGUGCAGAGCGGGCUAUGAAGGAUGGGUGCGAUUAUUUUGUUCUGAUGGGAGAUGACGUUGUAUUGGAGGACGAAGGCUGGAUGCGAGUUGUGCAUGCCGAGUUCCUCGAAAUAUCCAAACGUCAACACGUUCCCAAUGGUUUUGGCUGCGUUGCCUUCACCGACAUCACGUUCCCCGGGUUUCCUACCUUCCCAAUCAUCCACCGCACCCACAUGGACAUUUUUUCCGGGCGUGUAGUUCCGGACAACUUCAUUAAUCAAGACGGAGAUCCGUUCCUCUACCAGCUCUACCGUCGCUGGAACUGCUCUGCGAUGGUUCCGUUACGGAUUUCGAAUGUAAUCGGCGGUGCCCGCCUAGCACGGUAUGAUAAACAACACGCUGAUGGCUGGAGAUUUGGGCCACUGGACAAGGCUACAGACGCCACUGAGCGGUGGCUGCUACAGCACUGCCCAGUUGCCCCAAGGUUGUUGACGAUUGACGUGGUCAUUCCAAGCUAUCGCGUACAACUCCCUUUUCUGGAUCGCAUACUUAGCCUUCAGUCGUCCUCGGCAUGUGUCGUGAUGUUCAUCAUCAUUGUCGACGAUCCAUGUGCAUCGUCAAUAUGUGAAUUGGAAAAGAAGUAUGGCUGCCGGCCGGACGUUUGUAUCCGCGUCAAUACCGAGAACUUGGGCGCCUCAGCCUCGCGCAACAGAGGCAUGAAGGAGUCGGCCGCUGAUUGGAUCGUAUUUCUCGACGAUGACGUACAUCCGGAUCCAAGCCUCCUUCAAGAAGCCGAAAGAGUUAUUCGCGAACACCCCAAAGCGGCUGGUUUUAUAGGGUGUACAUACUUCCCGCCCGCAGAAACAAUCUUCGAGACUGCCGUGCACCUGGCAGGGGUUUCGUAUUUCUGGGAUAUCGCAGAGAAGAUGGCAGGUGAAAGCGACAUGCCAUGGGGCGUAACCGCGAAUAUCAUCGUACGCCGCGUCGAAGAUGGGGUAGAGUUUGGAUUGCAGUUUCCGAAGACGGGUGGAGGUGAAGAUAUCGAUUUCAUUCGCCAGAAAAGGGAGUAUUCGAUUUCCCAUGGAGGAGAGGGCUUCCAUGCCGCCCCGAAUGUUUUAGCCACUCACCCAUGGUGGAACGGCGGGAAAAGGUCAUACUGGCGUUUUUACUGGUGGUCCAAAGGCGAUGGUCAGCUUAUCAAGAUGUACCCUGACUUGACCUACAUGGAUCAUGCUCCCAACAGCGCGGAGCUCCUCCUACUGAGCUUGGUACUGGCACUGGCCGGUUCGGUGGUAUAUGCUUUUGCUGGCGUCAAUUUACCGCUUAUCCUCGGAAUUCAUCUUGCAGCAGCGACGUUCAUAGGAAACAUUGCGCACGACGUGUUUCGCCAUCUUUGGAGAGACACAGCUCGCGCAGCUCGCCACAACUCCACGAUCACUGGUUCAAAAUGGCCCCUGGCGGUGCUUGAAAGCGCCAUAAUUAGGAUGACGAGUGAGAUGGGCCGCCAGGUCGGCCAGCUGGAGAGGAAAGAGUUUCUCCCUGGGAGACGCUUCGAAUGGUUCACACACAGAGCAGGGUCUGGGCCAAGAGAUGAAGAGAGGUUGAAUUCCAGGCAGAGAUUUAUCGUCGUAGUUGGUAUUCUUGCCGUCAGUCUUGCUAGUGUGUAUCAGUAAGUUCUCUUCGAAGCUCUCGCGUAGUAUGCAUGUCAGUCUUUCCCCUUCUUCCGAUAGUUUCUCUGUAUGCUUGUCCUGUCCUUGUCCAAUGCCGCAUUUUCGGUACCUUCCACCUUGCGCUAAAUCUUACAGUACCUAGCCUUCGUUCGGCCUGGAACCUGACGCGCGCGACGGGACGGCAACGUGAGAAUCAGCCGCACCUGGUGGCAUUGCGGUCUGUCUUAGUGCAGUCCUUCGGUUGGCCCGCAACG